UGACUAGGUAUGCAUUAGAAAUUCAAUGAUAUUCCGAGUGAUUUCAGCUGAUUUUGAGAAAAUUCUUUUAGAAGGCCAGCCUUCAGCCAUUAAUAUUUAUAUAACUAAAAUUUGUAGUCAAAUUAAAAAAAUAAUAUAACAGAUACAUAAAAUAAAUUUAAUACAAAUCGACACACUUAACUGCCAACACAAAAAAAUAUAUGAAGAUUAUUUCAAUAAAAGCAAAGUGUUAUUUCCGUUAUUUUUGCCAUGAGAUAACCUCCCCUUAAACAGAUACAUUCAAUAUAAAGCUAUCAUCAACUAGUUAUAAAAAAAAUGAAGCCAGUUACGAUCUCGACUUUGUUAUUUUUUUGCAAAAUGUUUUAUCCUGUCAGCACUCUGGAUAAUGGGAUUGGGAACUCUCCACUACUUGGAUGGACAACUGGAGAAAGAUAUCCAUGUCUGACGGAUUGCAUCAACUAUCCGGAUGAUUGCAUAAGCGAGCACCUGAUAAGGACAGUAGCAGACAUGUUGACUCUAAGCAGUUUCCAAGAAGCAGGCUACCAACACAUCAUCAUCGGUGACUGCUGGAUGGACAAGAUGAGAGAUGAGAGGGACAGGUUAAGAGCUGAUCGAAACAGGUUUCCAAGUGGAAUGGCUAAUUUGUCUUCUUAUUUGCAUGGGAAAAAUCUGAAACUUGGUUUGUACAUGGACCUAGGUGCGAAAACAUGCGGGGGCUUUCCAGGGAGUUUGAACAGGUACGACCUGGAUGCCGAAACGUUGGCUAGCUGGAAGGUGGAUGUGGUGGUUGCUGGUGCGUGCGGUCUCACGUCCUACAUCGAUAUCAAUAAAGCCUACCCUGAUUUUGGCAGCCAGUUGAAUAGGACAGGUGUUCAGAUGACUUACGUGUGUGAGUGGCCAUUCAUUCUCAAUAAGAAGGGUGGUGGACAGGCGAAUUAUACAGCUGUGGCCAAAACUUGCAACUACUUUAGAAUAUCUGAUCCGGUCAAAACCACGGAACUACUGACGCAAACGGUUCAAAAUUAUAAUGGCUACUGGUACCUUUACAAGGAUGUGGUUGGCCCGGGAAGCUAUAUCGAUCUCGAUCAGCUGGUGGUUGGUACAUCCAGUCUAAGUCACGAUCAGGAAAAGUUUCAACUUUCAUUUUGGGCUAUAGUGUCGUCUCCGCUGCUUGUUUCAUGUGACAUGACCCAAUUAAAUUCUAGGUCAAAGAGAUUGUUGCUGAAUGAGAAAGUUAUCAGGAUAAAUCAAGAUAGUCUUGGAUUUGUAGGACGUCAAAAACUUAGCAAGGAGCUGGUGACGAUCUGGACAAAACCGAUUCUACCGGAGGGCAGCUUUGCAGUAGCCUUGCUGAACACGAACAUAGCCGGCCUACCGAGUCAAACAUCUUUCCAGCUCAGCAGUCUCGAUAUUUCCGGCUCGGCUCGUUAUAACGUCACGGAGGUCUUCUCGGGUGACUACCACGGUGUCUUCAAGCCCUGGCAUUACUUCAACUGCGAAGUUGAACCAUCUGGAGCCCUGCUGUUUCAAUUCAUCGCAUUCUAAUUUCUCUCCCUCCAUUUUAUCACUCCGUUUAGCUUAUUGGAUUAAAACGGCAUUGAAAAAUUUUGAAAAUUUGUUAUCUUCAUUAGUUUAAAAAAUUGAACCAACACCCAGUUCAGUACAAAUUUGAAGGAAAUCUGCUUCGACUCAAUGAAAUAAUUGUUUUCGCUUACAUAUUUCUUUCAAUCAUAUAUGUUUAAACAACUUUCAUUUUUU